AGUGCAAUCCUGGGUAAAGAGAAUCUACUUCCCUCUGGCAGUUUUGGUGCAUGCACAGCUGUUCUAUCUCAAGUGGAAGCAAAUCUGAGUGACUUCAACUACACAGCAGAGAUCGAAUUCAUUUCUAAAGAGGAAUGGGAGAAAGAACUUCAAGAUCUUUUCAGUGUUUUGUCGGAUGACAGCGAGGACAGAGAUGAUGACAUGAUGGAAAGUGCUGUAGAAAAGCUCACUGCACUGUAUGGAAAAGAUGCAUAUAAGAAAACAUUAGAAGAGCUCAAGAUCAUGAAUAUAUGUGUUGAAAUUGAUAACCUUUUGACCAACAAUACCAUAACCAUCUCAAAAUGUAAUAAACUAAGAGAUUGCUCUUCUGUGUGGGUUGUAAGUGCCAUCAAACGAGCCACUACUGAUAAAGGUCCAUGGGAGAUGUUAAAGCACUGCAUUGAAGAGCUGGGACCUGGAGGAGAAUGCAAAAGCAUAAACUUCAUCUGUACCAUGACUGAUGACAUUAAUCCAAAAGCCUAUUGCAGAUCAGCACGGCUUCCUGACACGACUUCGAUAGCAGACUGUAUACUUCACAGAAAUGGCUGUACCAAGAACAAAAUGGAAGACAAAUUUGAACAUUUGAAUCCUGGAAUUAAAAAACUGAUGGAGAAAUUCAGCAUGGAUGUUUUUACUGUAAGCUCCAAGGCUUUCUUCGAGCAGAAUCCAGUUGUGCAAAAACCUGACACAGAAAUCCCAAAGCUGCAGGAUGUUCUGAAGAAUCAUAACAAGAGCAUCAACCGAGAACUGGACAGAGAUUAUAUCAAUGAAGCCACUGGAGUUUUGUCCUUGAUACAAAGUUUCCUACCAAGUACAGAUGAAGCAGUGGUUCAGAAAAAAGCCAAAUUCCUUGAUGACCUGAAGAAGAAUCUGAAUGAGGCACUGAAUGAGUUGGAUUGUCAGUUUGUUAUCAUUCAGAAUAAUCUGGAUCAAUGUCUUUCAAAAGGUGUAUUAGAGUCAGUGCAACAAUCUCUUGAGAAUGCAAGGACAGAAGUGAUUGCACCUACAACAGAUAAUAGAGGAUAUCAUAAAAUCCUUAAAGCUUUGUGCAAGAGAAAUGGCAGCUAUAAGUCCAAAAACUGGGAAGUAAUCCUAGACCUCAACAAUUGUUUGGCCCGUCCCAUGAAGAACAACAUAAAUAGAGAGAUCUCUAUUAUAUUUCCUGUCAAUGAAAAAACUGAAAAAUCAAUCCAAGAACAUCUUGAUAAAUUCAGUAUAAUCCAAAAAGACAAAACAUACCCCAGAUCUUCAAUGUUUCAUCACAUUCAGAACUUCAUCAAAACUCAGGAAACUAAACUGAAGGCAUCAUGCAGCAGAGAAAUCCUUGAGAAAAAGAAGGAAAUGUACGCCUCAAUUGAAACUACUAUCCAGACAAAAAUGACUCCUUGCUAUGAAAAAGCAGCAAAUGUAAAAGGAAAAGGAUCAUUCAUGAAAAUGCAGAAGAUUCUCACAGAAACAAUUGAGUCAUUAAAAGAAGAAAUGUUCAGUGAGGUUAAAGAGGAAGUGCUUAAAAAAUUCAGAACCUUGAAGCUGUACAUAAAAGAUUACAUGGAAUCUGAGCUGAACCAAUCAAUAGAACUCUUUCUUCUCACAACCAACACAACUUUUUUGGAUGUUUCCAGAGAGAUUGAAGAUCUUGAGAAACUUUCAAAUCAGCUGUCUGAAUGAGAGAAGAACUGCACUACUCAAGGAAUAUAAUGUUUGGUAGUUUUUGAUCAUUUUGUAGCUUAACUAUAGCAUGCAUUUUCAAUAUAAUUUUAUAUCAAUUUAUUAUGGUACUUGUUAAGCUUUUUGAUAGCUAUUGAUGCUGUAAAAAUUAUAUCAUAUCAUAUCAACAUAUAUUUGUAUGUUAAGGAAUAGGGUCAACUUAUCACAAGUCAAAACUUAAAAAAGUAGUACUCUUGGACUUGGCUCAUUCUCUUUAUGCUUUUCUUCUUUACCUGAGCUCUGGACCAUUAGGCCAAGACUCCAGUUCUCAAUAGUGCCUCUCUUUUUUCUAAACUUUCUUUUUUCUCUCUUCUCUAUACUAUCAGGUAUUAUCUUAUACACAUUGGAAACAGUGGUAACACUUUAGUAUAGGGACCAAUUCUCACUUUUAACUAGUUUCUUAUUAGUUUACAUAUUGUCUGUUUAUAAGUGCUUAUAAAGAACAUAUUAAUGCCUUGUUCUGCAUACCAUAUUGUACAUCCCUUAACCCAAUCCAAUACCUAAACCUAACCGCCUAACAACUAUCAGCUUUUAAUUAGGAGUGAAUUGGGAGUUUACUGAGGCAAAAGUCACAGUUAAUAAUCAAUAAGUGUACUAAAGUGUUAGUGAAACAGUUAAUUUUACUAGGUUUUAUUUACUUUUUUAAUGCAUUUAUAAUGUAACCAUUUCAAUUGUAAUUAAGUCAGUACAAAUCUGUUGUUUAGUGUGAUUUAAUGUUAAUUCUUAAACGCUACCGACUGCAGUAAAAUAUAUUUAUAUUCUAAUGCUCUGCCACAUAUUUUGCUAUCAUAACUGCGCUUAUUUUUGUCAUUGGUAAAAGUUGCAGAAGGGUGGUAAUUGACAAGAAAUACACAGUUUUGCUGUUAGCGUUUCUUAGUCAUUUCUGUGUUUCUACAGCCUGAACCACCACCCUUAGAGAGGCUUUGGCUCAUUCAGGCCUAUAGGGGUUAAACGUGUUUUUUAGACUUCUGUUUAGCCUUGCAAUCAUGUUUUAUAUUUGAUAUAUUUUGUUCUGAAUGUUAAAGAUAAUCAAAUGUUUUUGAACAUUGAUAACAACUGUUAACAAAAUACAUUUGAACAAAUGUGAAAGGUUUUCUGAAUAGCCAUUAUAGUUGUCAAUGUUUGAUUAAUAAACAGUGAAGAGUGA